GUCCUACUAAAAGUCCAACUAAGUGAACUACUGCGGACAUACUUCAAGAAAGGGGAAAAAGAGGGGGAGGAUCGAGAUGGGGGUUUAUUGCGCGAGACUGCAUGGUGCCUCUGGACCAACUAUCUUGCCAUCACGGGUGAACUUGGUUCCAGACCCUGGGCAUUGGCUUUUCAGCAAGUCUCAGCAGCCGGUUGUCAGCUUCUCCGCUCUCGUCAGUCCUUCCUCUCCUUUUCCUCCACUACUGUGCUCAACAAAAGCCAGUGGCCUAGAAAGCCGAUCAAGCGAGCGACGGAUCUUGACAGCAGCAGUCCGCAGCAGCAGCCGCUUUCUCCGAACUCUGCCAUACUCAUGGUUAAUGCCGUUUGGCUGAACAUGCAGUUUCGCACAAAGAACUUCCACUGGGCAGGCUGGGGUCAAAUUUACAAUCCCAAGGAGGCUGCCGGUCUGUCUUUUCACCUCUUCGGUCCUGAGCCAGAGUAA